AUGAUGACACAGUGGGAUAACACAACCCCUGUUGACACAGUGGAUCGUAACAAAUAUGCUGUGGACACAGUGGAUAAUAAAACAGCUACCGAUGACACAGUUGAUGAUGACAGAGACACUGAUGACACAGUAGAUGGAUUAAACCCCAACCAAUUUCAGCAGAUGAGAUCAACUUUAUUAUUGUCAGUAGCAAUGCAAGAUCUGGAUUUUCUAUUUGACUUGAUCUAUGUGGAAAAAGGGAUAUCGUCUGAAGACGUUCUUGACGUUGUCCAGUAUUUUUUCGCCAUAGAUCCGUAUUCUAAUUCCCGAAGUUUGGCAGACGUGGACAGGCGUAGAGCUUUCAUAGAAAUUAUUUUGGCAGCUAAUGGACGAGUACCAUGUCCAAAAUGUCCAGUCUAUUUCCAAGACUUCAAAGAUGUAGCCCGAGCAGUCUUCUGGAAUCUCCUUCCACCAGGACCAUUUGAAGACAUGAGAGUUGCCGUGACUGCGAUGAUAGCUCUAAGUGAAGCGAAAUUCUAUCCGCAAGGGCUGAUCAACAUCUUUGACAGCUUUCUACAAGAUUUUUUAAUGUCAAAUCCAAGAGAACCAUAUUUCCUUGAGCCUUUGAAUUCUUAUAGUGACAAAGAACUGUACAGGUUUAGCAAGGAAGCUGCCUGUUUGGCUCUUGUGAAAUUUCUAUCCAGUUCUGAAACAUGCAAUGUCCAGUUACCGACAAGGUUUUCAAUCGUUCACUCGCUCUGCAAAGCGCAGCAGUAUCUUUAUAAUUAUAAUUCACCGGAUAGCCAUAUUUAUCCAGGCAGUAUAACAGUCAAACCAACAUCAACUUUAACAACGUUAUUGACAACAACUACCACUGAAACAACAACUCCAACUACCACUGAAACAACUCCAACUACCACUGAAACAACAACUCCAACUACGACUGAAACAACAACUGCAACUACGACUGAAACAACAACUGCAACUACCACUGAAACAACAACUCCAACUACCACUGAAACAACAACUCCAACUACCACUGAAACAACAACUGCAACUACCACUGAAAAAACAACUCCAACUACCACUGAAACAACAACUCCAACUACGACUGAAACAACAACUGCAACUACGACUGAAACAACAACUGCAACUACCACUGAAACAACAACUGCAACUACGACUGAAACAACAACUCCAACUACGACUGAAACAACAACUCCAACUACGACUGAAACAACAACUCCAACUACGACUGAAACAACAACUCCAACUACCACUGAAACAACAACUCCAACUACGACUGAAACAACAACUCCAACUACCACUGAAACAACAACUGCAACUACGACUGAAACAACAACCGCAACUACGACUGAAACAACAACUCCAACUACGACUGAAACAACAACUCCAACUACGACUGAAACAACAACUCCAACUACGACUGAAACAACAACUGCAACUACCACUGAAACAACAACUCCAACUACGACUGAAACAACAACUCCAACUACCACUGAAACAACAACUCCAACUACGACUGAAACAACAACUGCAACUACCACUGAAACAACAACUCCAACUACCACUGAAACAACAACUCCAACUACGACUGAAACAACAACUGCAACUACCACUGAAACAACAACUCCAACUACCACUGAAACAACAACUCCAACUACGACUGAAACAACAACUGCAACUACCACUGAAACAACAACUCCAACUACGACUGAAACAACAACUGCAACUACCACUGAAACAACAACUCCAACUACCACUGAAACAACAACUCCAACUACGACUGAAACAACAACUGCAACUACGACUGAAACAACAACUGCAACUACCACUGAAACAACAACUCCAACUACGACUGAAACAACAACUGCAACUACCACUGAAACAACAACUCCAACUACGACUGAAACAACAACUCCAACUACGACUGAAACAACAACUGCAACUACGACUGAAACAACAACUGCAACUACCACUGAAACAACAACUCCAACUACGACUGAAACAACAACUGCAACUACUACUGAAACAACAACUCCAACUACGACUGAAACAACAACUCCAACUACGACUGAAACAACAACUCCAACUACCACUGAAACAACAACUGCAACUACCACUGAAACAACAACUCCAACUACGACUGAAACAACAACUGCAACUACCACUGAUACAACAACAACUCCAACUACGACUGAAACAACAACAACACCAACUACCACAGAAACAACAACAACACCAACUACCACAGAAACAACAACAACACCAACUACCACUGAAACAACAACAACACCAACUACGACUGAAACAACAACAACACCAACCACCACUGAAACAACAACAACACCAACUACCACUGAAACAACAACACCAACUACGACGGAAACAACAACAACACCAACCACCACUGAAACAACAACAACACCAACCACUACUGAAACAACAACAACACCAACUACCACUGAAACAACAACAACACCAACUACCACUGAAACAACAACAACACCAACUACCACUGAAACAACAACAACUCCAACUACGACUGAAACAACAACAACUUCAACUACAACUAGAACUACUACAACAACGCCAAGUACUACAACUUCAACUACAACUAGAACUACUACAACAACGCCAAGUACUACAACUUCGACUACAAAAUCAACUACUACAACAACGCCACGUACUACAACACCAAGGACAUCUAGAACUACAAGAAAUCAAAACUAAGUUUUGCGAGCAAAGCAUAAAUCAUGUUCAUACCUUUCUUACAGCUCUAAUGAACUAAGUAGCUGUAUAAAAUCUGAAAUUUAUUUUUUUGUCUUUUUUUUUUUAAAAUGCGGACCAGAACGGGAAAUAUAUCCAACUGGUUUGUCUGCAUUCUACCUGUCCAUCUGUUUACUCUGCUUGUGUACAUGUCGCUUCUAGAUCUAACUAAAAGUAUUAUUACAAAUUCAAUUUGAUUAUAUUUUGAAGAAUGCUUAAAAUUGUA